CCCGCCAGCUUCUCCUUCGCCACCACUCGCCCACCACCGCAGCGCUCCACCGUUCCGGCCGGCGAAAUGGCCUCCGAAGUGGCGCUCUCGCCGGCGUCCCGCCUGCCGUCCCUCUCAUCCAGGCCCGCCUCCUCCUCCUCCUCCUCCCGCGCUCCACGGGGCGUCCGUGCCCCGCGGUUUCUGCCGGCGCUCACCAUCUCCACGGCGCACACCCGCCGCGGGCUCCUCCUGCUGCGGCCCCGCGCCACCGACCAGCAAGGCCAGGUUCAGCAGCAGGACGGCGGCGACGACGUGGUGGACGGCAACGUGCUCCAGUACUGCAGCAUCGACAAGAAGCAGAAGAAGACCAUCGGCGAGAUGGAGCAGGAGUUCCUCAGGGCCCUGCAGUCAUUCUACUACGACCAGAAGGCCAUCAUGUCCAACGAGGAGUUCGACAACCUCAAGGAGGAGCUCAUGUGGGAGGGGAGCAGCGUCGUCAUGCUCAGCGCUGACGAGCAGAGGCUCCUGGAGGCUUCCAUGGCUUACAUCGCCGGCAACCCCAUCAUGUCCGAUGCCGAGUUCGACGAGCUGAAGCUCAGACUAAAGCAAGACGGAAGCGACAUCGUCACGGAGGGCCCCAGGUGCAGUCUACGGAGUCGAAAGGUUUACAGCGACCUUACUGUCGACUACUUGAAGAUGUUCCUGCUAAAUGCUCCAGCAACUGUUGUUGCUCUAGGACUGUUCUUUUUCAUAGAUGAACUGACUGGCUUUGAGGUCAACAUAUUCCAGUUUCCAGAGCCUUUCGGCUUCAUUUUCACAUGGUUUGCUGCUUUGCCACUGAUAUUGGUCACGGCACAAGUGGUAACAAGGGCCAUUAUCAGGGAUGUUUUAAUCGUGAAGGGACCGUGUCCGAAUUGCGGUACUGAAAACCUUUCCUUCUUUGGGACGAUACUGUCAAUCGCUAGUGGCGGUGCAACAAACACCGUCAAGUGUGCAAAUUGCAAAACCGUUAUGGUAUACGACUCGAAAACUCGGCUGAUCACACUUCCAGACUCAUGAGAAUGAUAACUGAAGGGUGGGACGAAGGAGAUGCAGUCGUGCAGAGUUGGCCAUUUCCGUUUGGUAAGUGAGCAAAUGGGGUUGCAAUGUCUGCGAGAAAACUGGCUGUUUCUGUGUAGUAAUAUCAUUUAUAUGUAGAUAUAUUUUUGGCCGCACCUGGUUGGGACGGAUGAAACUGUGGAGUGUAUAGAAAACCUAGAUGUACCCGGGCCUGUGACAUUAUAGUGAAGCUUAUAUAUACUCCUUGUCAA